AUGACUGUUCAAUUAAUGCCUGUCACAACUCGUGCUGCUUCGUUAAGAGCUCAGACCACUGGAGGAACAACACCGUUAGCGAAUUCAACAGCGUUAACACAGGUAUUAAUGCCAAUAUUGACCGGUAAAACAAUUCGAAAAUGUCGAUCACAGUCAAAGCAACUUAAAGUACAGCCUUCUAUCACUUCUAUUGAACCUGAAAUAUGUUCCACCGUUGAACAAAAAUCAUCAGUUUUGCAAGUUUAA